CACGGAUCAAGAUUCGAAACAUGGGAAGAUUAUUCAUUAGAAGAACUCAGGAAAAUCGAGUGAGAAUAGAACAUGGAAAAUGCAUGUGCAGACACAGAGAAAAAUAAUGGAGCAUUUCAAUUGUUACGACUUUUUUUCUACAAAAGAGUUUACCUGGAAAAAAAAGUUCGAAUUAGUUACAUUAGUAAUUUCGAGCAAUAAACUUGAUUAUAAUCUUUUCUACCUACAGCUCUCUCUCUUUAUCUCUUUAUCUCUCUCACUCUCAUUCUCUCUCAACCUUUUAGUGAGUCUUCAUAUUUAAAUAAUAUUCUAAAUGGAUUUACCUUUAUUAAAUCAUCUCUAAUCACCGAGUUAACUUAAUUUCUCUACUAAUCAUCAUCAUCUUCUUAAUUUCUCUCUGAGUUAUUCAUCAAUUGUUAAUCGUUGUCACCAUGGCCAAGGUGACAACUUUGUUUUUCUCAUUAAUUAUGCUAAUUGGAAUCGCUUUUCAAAAUUGUUCAAUGACUUCGUACUACAGCCUAAGUGAUAGUCAAUUAACUGCUGAAAUGUUAUCAAGAUACACCGAGAGUAUCAACAAGUUACUAUUAUCUGGACACAAGAACAGUAAAAAGCAAGCUUGUAUAAGGAAAAGAGGAAUCUGUGACCUCCGACCUCAGAAUUGUUGUUCGGGUUUAUGUCGAUGCAAUUUACUAGGAUCUAAUUGUCGAUGUCAGAAUCGUGGACUGUUCAGUAAAUUAGGCAAACGGACAUUUAAUUACAACAAUUACCAUCCGAUGGUUAAUUAUGAUUACGAUCUGGACGAGGAGACAUGACAGGAAACAAUUAACUGAUUUUGGUGAUACAAUUGAUGACAAUUAAACAAUCAAAUGGAUGGAUUAAAGUUCAUCAUCAGUGAUUAUAUUUUGAUAAUCAAUCAACACGAUUAAAAUGAUAAAAUCAAUCAACUUUUACAAUCAACAUCUUUUUAAUUAACUCCAAGAACAACUUAUAAUUUCAGUUGAUUAACUUUUUUUCAUUUUUUCGUUCACUUUUUAAUUGUUAUCAUUUCAAUUUCUUUGAUUAAGUUUAAUUUUGUUGAGAAAAUUUUCAUUUUUUCUUAUACUUUGAGCUUACAAUAUUGUAACAAUUAACUUAAUAGUGAUAUGAUACAACAAUAUAUACAAAUAUUAAUUUAUUAGCA